AUGGCGACUAUGGUACAUGUAAACAAACUUUUGACCCCAGCUUAUUCAACCAUUCCAUUUUAUGAUGGUUUUAAUGCCCUUGCAGUAUCUAAUAAAAUGAGAGAAAAGAUGACAGGUAGAUUCCAUCCAAUUCCUGUUAACAAUCCAUAUAAUG